GAUGUCCCAACCGGGCUGGGCACCGUCCGGCGCAGGCCGCUCUGCGUGGCCCUGCCUGAGCCGGGGGCUGGACCGGGGGCUGGACCGGGCGCUCCCCAGAGGUCCCUGCCAGCUGCAGCCCUUCGAUUGCACAAGGCAUCAUGGAGAAGUUUGGCAUGAACUUUGGAGGUGGCCCAAGUAAAAAAGAUCUUCUAGAGACUAUUGAAUUGCAGAAAAAGCAGCUUCUUCAGUACCAGGCUCGGCUGAAGGAUGUUGUCAGAGCCUACAAGAGCUUACUCAAAGAAAAAGAGGCAUUGGAAGCUAGCUUGAAAGUAUUAUCUGUGUCUCAUGAGGCAGAUGUUGGCUUGAGUGGGGCUCACCCUGUAUCUGUGGCUAGCUCCAGCUCUUCCUUUGCCGAUUCUGCUGAUGACAGGAGUUCUGUUCACAGCGAGGAUAGCGGGGGAACAGCUACCAGUGCAGACACAGCUGCCAGUCUGGCCAGUACCAAAGGUGAACCAGGAACUGAGGAUGAUAAGGCUGCGGCUGCUCCCUCCUCUCUUAAAUCAGAGGAGACAAGUGGUUCAGAGAACGGCAUCAGCACAAGCAGUGGGGAUGUGCCAUCAUCUGCCGGUGAGAUUGAUAAAAGAGUGCUCCAGCUGAAGACUCAGCUGGCCACCUUGACUAGUGCUCUGUCCACAGUCACACAGGAGAAAUCCCGCAUGGAAGCUUCAUAUCAAGCAGACAAGAAGAAGAUGAAGCAGGACCUGGAUGAUGCCUUUAAGAAAGCAGAGGAUGAGAGAGACAAAUUGGAGACAGAGCUGAGGUCUGUCCAGGAACAGUUAGCGGAGACCAAAGCCCGUCUGAUCACCCAGCAGCAUGACCGAGCCCAAGAACAGAGUGACCAUGCUGUUAUGCUACGAGAGCUGCAGAAGCUGCUCCAGAGUGAGAGGACUUCACGCCAGGACGUAGAGCUAAAGCUGGAGGAGACCAGGGAGCUGUUGGCUGGGAGGGUAUGCAUGGCUGACCGUGCAGAGGGCUAUGAACUGCAGAUCAAGCAGCUGAGCCAGGAGGUAGAAGACCUGAGGAGAGAGCUGCAAGCUGUGCAGGAAGAGAACAACAAACCAGACCCACGGAUACAGGAUCUGCAGGAGGAGAUGGCCAAUCUCAAGAAUCACUUCCAAGUGCAGCUGUUGCAAGAGAUGAGAAAGACUGCACAGGCAGAGGAGCAGCUCCGCCAGCAUGCCCAGAUGGAGGAGCGGCGAGUGGCCGGUUUGGAGGGCCAGGUCUCCGAAGUGUCCGAACUACUUGGCGCUUACGAAAAAGCCAAGCAGAAAGACCAGACGAUCAUUCAGAAGCUGAAGGACCGCAUUGUGCAGUUAGACCUGGAGAACAAAACUCUGGCCAUUGCUGCGUCCAGCCGAUCUCCCGCUGAUAUUCACAUAGAGGAAACGAACCUUGACAUUAAUGUGCUAAAGGAUAAAAUGGAGAAGCUGAAGAAGCUACUUCAGGCAGCAGCUAAGAAGAGUCAGCCAGCACUGGACAUUGAGAAGCUGUGUGAGCUGGAGCUGCCGAAGGGCACUGAGACUGGGGACGGCGAGAAGGCCACUGCUUUGUACUAUCAGCAGGAGCUAAAGCAGCUGAAAGAAGAAUUUGAAAGGUAUAAGAUGAGGGCACAAGUGGUUCUCAAGAACAAGUCAGCCAAAGAUGGCAAUCUGGCUAAAGAACUGGAGGAAGCUCAAGAGCAGCUGGCUGAUCUGAAAGAGAAAUACGUUGUACUUCGGCUGUCUUCUGAAGAAAUGGAAAAGCAGCACCAGCAAGAUAUGGAAGCAAAGAAGCAAGAGUUGUCUCUGCUGCAGCAAAGUCACAGGCAGGAAUUAGAGCGAUGCCAGCUGGACUACAGGGAACAGACACUGAAGUUGGAGGAAGAAAUGCGCAAACAGCGAGACCGAGCACUGGCUGUCCUGGCAGAAAAGGACCAAGAGCUGGAGCAGCUGAGAUCUGUCACAUUGCCUUAUGGGCUUCAAGGACCCAAAAACUAUCUAGCAUCAGGGACUCAUGAUACCAGCAAUGACUCACCAGGUAAUGAUUCUUCAGAGAAUCUCCCCCAGGCUCUUCAUCUCGCUGCCACCAGCGAGCCCACCUUCUUCUUGUACGCAGAGCAGCUUGCUCGCAAAGAGGUGGAAAUUGUAGCACUGAGGAAGCAGAAGCAUAAACUGGAAAUGGAAGUUCAUCAGCUCCAAGAGAAGAUCCUGACUGAAGAGGAGAAGCACCGGGAAGAGGUGUCCAUGCUUCAGAACGAAAUCCAGAAGAAUUUCAGAGAUAAGAGCAGAGAGGGAGCCAACUUAGAAUACCUCAAGAACAUUGUCUAUAGAUUUUUGACGCUGCCAGAUUCUCUUGGUCGCCAGCAGACUUUAACUGCUAUAUUAACUAUUCUGCAUUUCAGCCCGGAAGAAAAGCAAACUAUUACAAAACAGUCAGCUUACAGUAGCUGGUGGCUUUCUGGGAAGAGAUGAGAUGGUAGUUUUUACUCAUAGCUGCUUUUCUAUAAUAACAUGUUUCUGAUUAUUAUCUAAGACCAAA